AUGAAGUCCAACCCCUUGGUGACCUCAGGGGGCAGCAAAAACUGCAAAGGCCACUUCAAUACCCCCUCCCACAUGCACCACAAGAUCAUGUCUCCCCUGCUCUCCAAGGAGCUGCAGCAGAAGUACAAUGUCUACUCCAUGCCCAUCCGAAAGGUCGAUGAGCAUGUUCGAAGACAUGACAAAGGUCAGCAAGUCGGCAAGGUAGUACAGGUGUACAGAAAGAAACAUGUCAUCUACAUCGAGAGGAGAGCAGUGUGA